GCACUUUGCCAACACAGGACAAACCUUCCCAGAGGCAGUCAGAGAAGUCAGAGAGCACAAACUGCAGCCCUUCCAGAAAGAGAUCGACAUCUGAGAGCACAUCUUCUACAGUGGUUGGAGCACCUACACGGGGAGCAAGGCUGGCAACUGCUGUUGAUGACCCAGUGGACAGCUUGCUGCAGCGCAUGGCACAACAUGAAGGCCAGGCUACUUUGGACAAAACUUUAGAAGCAGUCAUUGCAAACGUGUCUGUUCCACCAUCAGCUAGUCCUGCUCGAAACCACAGUAGGGAGAGAGGUCUGGGGAAACAGGACAGCGUCAUCGCUCCAGCAAUUCCCAGCAGCUCCUGCAGCGAUAAUAUCUCGCUUCUGUCAGAUAGACUAUCAAACAGCUAUUCCCCACAUCAUCUCAAGAGAAGUGUGGUUGAAGCCAUGCAGCGACAAGCUAGGAAAAUGUGCAAUUAUAACAAGAUCUUGGCAACAAAAAAGAAUCUUGACCAUGUCAAUAAAAUUUUGAAAGCCAAAAAGCUGCAAAGGCAGUCACGGACAGGGAAUAAUUUUGUGAAGCGCAGGCCAGGUAGGCCCCGGAAAUACCCGAUGCAGGCUGUUGUUUCGAUGCAAGCUUUCCAGGCGGCUCGACUGGUCAGUCAGGAGUUAGAUAAAAGAGAAGAAAGCAGCAGUCCCUUACACCUUGGACCUGAUACCAUCACAGACGUGAUUGAAGCUGUAGUGCAGAGUGUGAAUUUGAAUACAGAUCACCGAAAAGGCUGGAAGAGAAAGAGGUGGCUUUCAGAGGAACAGGCCAGGAAGCGACAAAAGUCUCUACCAGAAGAUGAACAGGAGAGCAAUAAGAGUUUUUCUGAGACAGUAGCUGAACCUCCCAGUCCACAUGAUGCCCUUGGGAAACCACAUGAAUCUGAAAACACUGAGCAGCCUUUGCCUUCUCUAGCCCAGCGUGAGAAAAAAGCACCUCGACCCCCAAAGAAGAAGUACCAGAAGGCAGGGCUCUACUCUGAUGUGUACAAAACAACAGAUCCAAAGAGCCGCCUCAUACAAUUAAAGAAAGAAAAGCUGGAGUACACUCCUGGAGAACAUGAGCAUGGAUUGUUUCCAGCCCCUAUUCAUGUUGGAAAGUAUCUCAGACAAAAGAGGAUUGACUUCCAGCUGCCUUAUGACAUCCUCUGGCAGUGGAAACACAAUCAGUUGUAUAAAAAGCCAGAUGUCCCACUUUAUAAAAAAAUCCGUUCUAAUGUCUAUGUGGAUGUCAAGCCUCUUUCUGGCUAUGAGGCCACUACCUGCAAUUGUAAGAAACCAGAUGAUGACAAUGGAAAGGGCUGCGUGGAGGACUGUCUUAACAGGAUGAUUUUUGCGGAGUGUUCACCAAACACAUGCCCCUGUGGUGAACAGUGUUGUAAUCAGCGGAUACAGAGGCAUGAAUGGGUGCAGUGUCUGGAAAGGUUCCGGGCUGAGGAGAAAGGAUGGGGUAUUCGUACCAAAGAACCCCUGAAAGCAGGACAGUUUAUCAUUGAAUAUCUGGGAGAAGUUGUUAGUGAGCAAGAAUUCAGGAACCGGAUGAUUGAGCAGUACCAUAAUCACAGUGAUCAUUACUGCCUGAAUUUAGACAGUGGAAUGGUGAUAGAUAGUUAUCGUAUGGGCAAUGAGGCUCGUUUUAUCAACCACAGCUGUAAUCCUAACUGUGAGAUGCAGAAAUGGUCUGUUAAUGGUGUUUACCGGAUUGGAUUGUAUGCACUUAAAGACAUGCCUGCUGGUACUGAAUUGACUUAUGACUACAAUUUUCAUUCAUUUAAUGUUGAAAAACAGCAACUGUGCAAAUGUGGUUUUGACAAAUGCAGGGGAAUAAUUGGGGGUAAAAGUCAGCGAAUGAAUGGACUUUCAAGCAAAAGCAAUCAGCCUGUGAGCACCCACAGAAGGCCUGGACGGUCGAAAGAGAAAAGGAAGUCAAAGCACAAACUAAAGAAGAGAAGGGGCCACAUCCCAGAGGAGCCCAGUGAAAGUGUGAACGCACCAACAAGGCUGACACCGCAGCUUCAGAUGAAGCCCAUGUCUAACAGAGAAAGGAAUUUUGUGCUAAAACACCAUGUAUUUUUGGUACGAAACUGGGAAAAGAUCCGACAAAAACAAGAGGAAGUGAAGCACGUCAGUGACAAUAUCCACACCACAUCACUGUACAACCGCUGGAAUGGAAUCUGUCGGGAUGACGGCAACAUUAAAUCUGAUGUCUUCAUGACCCAGUUUUCAGCUCUUCAGACCUCCCGCUCUGUGAGAACACGAAAAAAAACAGCUGAAGAGAAUAUUGAAGUGGCUCGUGCUGCCCGCCUCGCACAGAUCUUCAAGGAAAUAUGUGAUAGCAUCAUAGCCUAUAAAGGUGAAGAUUCCUCCAGGCAGGCUCUUGCAGCUCCUCUCCUGAACCUGCCCCCAAAGAAAAAAAAUGCAGACUAUUAUGAAAAGAUCUCUGACCCAUUGGACCUUGCCACAAUUGAGAAACAGAUCUUGACUGGUUAUUAUAAAACUGUGGAAGCUUUUGAUGGGGACAUGCUGAAGGUCUUCCGGAAUGCAGAGAAAUAUUAUGGCAGAAAAUCUCCAACUGGGCGUGAUGUAUGCCGGCUACGGAAAGCAUAUUAUAGUGCUCGCCAUGAGGCAUCCGCCCAGAUUGAUGAAAUUGUGGGAGAAACAGCGAGUGAAGCUGACAGCAGCGAGACAUCGGUCUGUGAAAAAGAAAAUGGGCAUGAGAAGGACGAGGAUGUGAUCCGUUGCAUUUGUGGCCUUUACAAAGAUGAAGGACUCAUGAUCCAGUGUGAAAAGUGCAUGGUCUGGCAGCACUGUGACUGUAUGGGUGUGAAUUCUGAUGUGGAACACUACUUGUGUGAGCAGUGCGAACCUCGAUCUGUGAACAGGGAGGUUCCCAUGAUUCCUCGUCCCCAUUACGCCCAGCCUGGCUGUGUUUAUUAUAUAUGCUUAUUACGGGACGAUCUGCUGCUGCGCCAAGGUGACUGUGUUUACCUGAUGAGAGACAGCCGUAGAACUCCAGAUGGACACCCUGUCCGGCAGUCGUAUCGGCUGCUGUCCCACAUCAACAGAGAGAAACUUGAUAUUUUCCGCAUUGAAAAACUCUGGAAAAAUGAGAAAGAGGAGCGGUUUGCAUUUGGUCAUCAUUAUUUCCGUCCACAUGAAACACAUCAUUCCCCUUCUCGAAAGUUUUAUCACAAUGAGCUCUUCCGGGUGCCAUUGUAUGAAAUUAUCCCCUUAGAGGCUGUGGUGGGAACGUGCUGCGUUCUUGACCUAUACACCUACUGCAAAGGGAGGCCAAAAGGUGUGAAGGAGCAGGAUGUAUAUAUUUGUGAUUACCGCCUUGAUAAAUCAGCUCAUCUCUUCUACAAGAUCCACCGGAAUCGUUACCCUGUUUGCACCAAGCCCUAUGCCUUUGACCACUUCCCCAAGAAACUCACACCCAAGAGAGACUUUUCA